UUUACUUACUUUGCUUACACCAAGUUUCUCGAAUCAUCAACAACUCAGUGCUCUUCUCUACUCGGUACCACUAAAUCCGAUGACUUUUGCUCAUUAUUCGGUCGCGGUUCCGUUCGGUACUCCAAAGCGUACCCAAAUUUCAAUUCCCCCUUCUUUUUGUUCGACUGAAUCUCUUUCUUCCUUAGCUUUCACUUCUUCGUUUUCUUCCCCUUUUCCUCUCUUGUCUAAAGCUCGAAAUCUCUCUAUUUCCCCCAGAAUUAACAGGAUCGGACUCAAAGCAAAGGUUGAGCCUCAGGAAUCUGAAGUGAAUUUAGCAGCUGAACCAUUUUCUCAAUUCAAGCAUCUGCUUCUUCCAAUUACUGACAGUAAUCCUUAUCUUUCUGAGGGAACCAAACAGGCAGCUGCAACUACUGCUGCUUUGGCAAAGAAGAAUGGGGCUGACAUUACUGUUGUGGUUAUUGAUGAAAAGCAGAAAGAGGCACUGCCGGAGCAUGAAACUCAAUUGGCGAGUGUUCGUUGGCAUCUCUCUGAAGGUGGAUUUCAGGAAUUCAAGUUGUUGGAACGACUAGGGGAAGGAAGCCAGCCUACCGCCAUAAUCGGCGAAGUCGCUGAUGACAUGAACUUGGAUCUUGUGGUGAUGAGCAUGGAAGCCAUUCAUUCCAAGCAUGUGGAUGCAAAUCUGCUGGCUGAGUUCGUCCCGUGUCCUGUUCUACUUUUACCAUUGUAGGAUGUGUAGUGUUUGAGAUCGAAUGCAAAUGCCAGUUUUCUCCUAGGCUUUUGU